AUGGCCUCCACCAAGCACGCGUCGUCGCCGCAUGCGAAACCCCCGACCGAGCGAAACGUGAAACAUGUCGUACUGGGCGACCUUCUCUUCAAAACCUGGUACCAAUCUAUAUAUCCCGAGGAUCUCGUGAGCAAGGACACAGAUCAACUGUAUGUCUGUUGCUGGUGUUUCCGAUACUCGUGCGACGCGGACACCCAUGUGAAGCACAUGCGACUCUGCGAACACCGCACAACGCCUCCCGGACCCAAGAUCUACGAGCAGGGCGGAUACGCUGUAUGGGAGGUGGACGGGGAGGAGAACAAACUUUAUGCGCAGAACCUCUCGCUUUUCGCGAAACUUUUCCUUGACCACAAGUCUGUCUUCUUCGACGUCGCAACCUUCCUCUACUACAUCCUCACAUUCACCGAUCCCCAGGAUCCCGACAACUAUCAUAUUCUAGGGUUCUUCUCGAAGGAGAAACUCUCCUGGGACGCGAACAACCUCGCAUGCAUUCUUAUCUUUCCGCCCUACCAACACAAGCAGCUUGGAAAGCUUCUGAUGGGGAUCAGCUACAAAAUCAGCGCCUGGGAGGAAGAUGGAGGGUUCAUAGGCGGUCCUGAAAAGCCGCUGAGCGAGAUGGGCGCCCGGAGUUACUCUCGCUUCUGGCAGGAGCGGAUUGAGAGGCGUCUGCUGUCGGAGAACACGGAUGAUGCUGACUGCGAUGGGUCUCCGGAACAAGAGGACACAGGCAAGGUCGCCCGGAAACGGCCGUCUUCUAUCUUCAUGAGCGUCCGGGAGAUUGGACAAGCAACGGGGAUGCUGACAGAAGAUGUCAUCACAGCUCUCAAGGGAAUGAGUGUUCUCCAACCCGAAACGCCUUCCAAAAGGCGGAAGGUGAAGCAGGCGGCUACUGAGCCUGAUCAGUACGUCACUAUACGCAAAUCAGACAUACUGGAGUGGAUGAAAAACCGCCAUGUAUCAAUAAGAGAUCCUGUCCGAGAAGAGGGUUUCGUAGGCAAAUGGGCCCCGACAGAAAGGUCGGACGAGGAGGCCAGCAACGGUAGCGAUGAAGAGGAGGAAGGGAAAGGGGGGGAUGAGGAAGGUUGA